ACAUGACGGUCAGGCUCCUCCUUCUUAACACCAGCAUAGGCAGCCUUCGUGUGUGAAUCUCCUCAGGCGAGUUUCCUCCUCCUUCUUAUCCAUGAGUCUCGAUUAUGCAUCUUCUCAUGGUCCUCAGGCACCCUAGGCUUCUUCGCGUCUGCCUUACGCAGUUGUUUCAUCACACCCUUGCCUUUCGCGUGUGACUUCCCUUUCGAGCUCUUGGCUGGUGUUACUCGAGCAGCACGGUCACGUGGAGACUGCGCCGGCUGCAAACCACUUUUAGGUAACGGCACCUUGUUUUUCUUACUGGUUUGAGCUCUACCACGGUGAUCAGCUUGUGGAGAUGUAGCAAGCAAUCUCGAUUCUUUGAAGAAUUUUGAAGAUUUCCGUGUGAAAGCGAAUAUGUCGAUUAUUCCCCUUGCCAAGAAUCUACAGUUGGAACUCAGCGAGGCUAGUUCCGACUUAAGGUAUGCUACUGCUAAAUCUGUGAGAAAGCCCGAUCACCGGAUUUUGAAAAGUCUCUUGGAGAAAAGGAGCCAUAUGGAUUCGGCCUACAAGACCGUUAUCAUAAACCUUCUAACCUCGGACGAGGAGGCUAGUCCAGGCGAGGUGAGAACUGAAGCAGUUGAUCAAGGCAUUGAGCAGAUGGAGAGGCCCAGGCAAGCUAAGAAAGGUGGGCAACUUUGCAGAAUCAGAGGCCAAAAUGAUGAGCAUGGAACUGAAUCAGAUGAAGGCAUUGAGCAGAGGGAGAGGCACUUGCAAGCUAAGAAAAGUGGGGUUAAUGGUAGAGUCAUCUCCCGAAAUGAUGGGGAUGCUUUGCGCAAGAUGAAAGCUGAACCUGAUGUAGGCAUUGAGCUGAUUGAGGGGCCCUCGCACGUUAAGAAAAGUGGGUUUAAAAGCAGAAUGGUAGACGGAAAUGACAAGGCUGGUCCAAGCAAGGUGAUGGAGAGGCCCUCGGAAGUUAUGAAUAGGAAACGAAAAUGCAGAACCGUUGAUAAACAUUACAAGGAUUAUUCAACUGGGGAGGAAACUGAAUCGGAUGAAAUUGAUUCGGAUGAAACUGAAUCUGAUGAAAUUGCAUCAGAUGAUUCUGAAUCAGAUGAUGUCGUUGAGAUCGCGGAGUGGCCCUUGCAAGUUAAGAACAGAAAAGGAAAAUCCGUAGUCAAAGACCAGCAUGGUGGGCAUCGUGGUAGCGCUCAAGCCACUAAGAAAAAUAAGGUACCAUUACCUAAAAGUGGUUUGCAGCUGGCGCGGUCUCCAUGUGACCGUGCUGCUGGAGUAACACCAGCCAAGAACUCAGAAGGGAAGUCACACGCUAAAGGCAAGGGUGUGAUGAAACAACUGCGUAAGGCAGACGCGAAGAAGCUUAGGGUGCCUGAGGACCAUGAGAAGAUGCAUAAUCGAGACUCAUGGAUAAGAAGGAGGAGGAAACUCGCCCGAGCAGAUUCACACACGAAGGCUGCCUAUGCUGGUGUUAAGGAGGAGGAGCCUGACCGUCACGUGGAAACUCGUCCGCCUCAAAAAGGAAUCCAUAAACAAGUUAAAAAGGUCAAGUGUCCUAAAUGCUCGCGCGUAUAUUGUAGUGGUGUAGGGGAUCGGGAAGAAGGAGAAGGUAGCAGUAAGAGUGUUCCAGACGUGGUCAUCCUAGACAGUAAGAAGGUUCUUAACAAUGAAAUCCGGAGCCCUUUUGUUUCUGAAAACGCAGUUCACAGAAGUAUGUGCGAUGCUGAGUUUGACUUCAAUGAAGACCCUAAUGAAAAACAAAAAGAUAACGAUUUCAAGAAGGAGCUCUUAGAAGUUCUCAGUAAACCAUUUGACAGAGCAGAACUCAAAAGGGCCCGGGAAGCUUACAAGUCUGGAUUAUAUGCCUGUUACCAUCCCGAUGUGCAAAAAAGACUCACGAGAUACAGAUAUAAACGGGAGAAUUGCUUAACCAUCCUUCGUGGAUUCUUGUUUUGGCUUGAGAAUGUGAGCCGUGAAGGAGUGUUUCGGCCAUGGAAACACAGGCGCUACAUCGAGCUGGAGCUACCUUCUGACUAAACCCCUGAAUCAAGACUAUCAAGUGCAAGCCCUUUUCAUUGUUGUUGUUGAACAAUUUGAAUAAUUUUUUACAUUUUGCUGUCUUUUUAUCUUUGAUGUUUGGAAUUUUCACAAAACUAUUUCAGUGCUGUGUCAUGCAUAGCAGCAUAAAUGAUAUUGUUGUGUUUUUACAA